GGAAAGGAGAUAAGAGAUGAAGGGGAGGGGAGGAGGAGGAGUAAAUCAGUGUUGGAGACUCUGACGCGGAAGAAGAAUCAGCCCCGGAGAAGGAAGAAGAAAAAAAAACCAAAAUGAGAGCAACCCCCUCCGGCUCACUUCACACUUGUUGAAUAACAUUUGUCUCCAAACCCUGCGGCGAGUUUCGGACAUUUCCCCAGCCGGUUUGUCGUGUCUUACUCUGAACGUGCAUGUUUCCGGCUGCAUGGCUCAACGUUUUGACUGAAAAUAAACAUCCAUUUCAAAGACUUCAUACAGCCGCAAACACCCGGCAUCCAGCUUUACCGGAUCGAUAUUUCAUAUUUUAUUUACCCGGCUUCCCAAAAGAGGGGGGGCUUCGGGAACUACACCGAGCACGGAGCUCUCCUCGGUGCAGCGCCGCUGGGUGGCACCGCUGUCUCCGGGCGGAGGGACUCGGCUCUCUGUGCAUUGGACGGAUCUCUGAGAAAAAGACGACGAAAAGGCUUACAAACCAACCUUUACUGCCACUGUGGAACACCCACGCUGUGUUUCAGGAAGGUGGAUACACUAUUAAUAUUUCAGGAGUUUUGAUGUUUGAUGUUGCCAGCCUAUGAGGCGGGAAGCUCUGGGUAAACACGCCGACAGCAGCGCCCUCACCGCCGGGUAGCACCGCUGGGUGGCACCGCUGAAUCCAGCCGGUGGAAUCAUGAUUCUGAUUCUCCAGUGUAGGGGUUUGAAAACUAAUCUUGUUUGAACACCAAAAGUCGUGACCUGGUUGCCUACUCUUUAUUGUAGGACCUGGAUAAAAAAGCUUCUGAAGCCUGGGGGGGAAGCGCCAGGACACAUACCGAGCACGGCGCCCUGCAGCCGGGGCUGCACCGCUCUCUCCGGCCCGGUGGGAUGUUUCGCCACCGGGGGUGGAAUAUUUAUUAGCCAUCCAGGCUUUUCUGCAUCACAAGUGAACACAGUAACACCCCGUGUUGUCGCAAUCGUGUCGGUGAGUUUGUGUGUUGGAGGACAUGGCGGACUCCGGCUGGGCCAGACCGGCGGACCCUGACGCCGCGGACAGCCGGACAACGAGCCCUCUGACCGGGAAGAAAAGGGCGCAGCAGUCCCCUGGUGUCCGGCCCAAGCACCAGAGCUUCGCACCGGGCCACUGCCUCAAGAAAGUCACCCUGACCAAGCCCACGUUCUGCCACAGCUGCAGCGACUUCAUCUGGGGUCUCAUCGGCUUCCUGUGUGAAGUGUGUAACUUCAUGUGUCACGAGAAAUGCCUGAAGACGCUGCGCUCAGCUUGCUCCUGCAUUACUCCGUCUUUGGUCCGGGUUCCCGUGGCUCACUGCUUCGGUCCGGCCGGUCAGAAGAAACGCUUCUGCUGCGUCUGCAGGAAACACACGGAGGGAAACACGGCGCUGCGCUGCGAAGUGUGUGAGCUGCAUGUCCACGCUGACUGUGCCAUCUUCAGCUGUGCAGACUGUCGCAGUUCUCACCUGGACGGGACUCUGCAGCCGGAUACGUUUCACCACCACUGGAGGGAGGGAAACCUGCCGUCAGCGGCGAGGUGUGAUGUGUGCCGGCGUUCUUGCGGCUCGUCUGACGUCCUGGCCGGGAUGAGGUGUGAGUGGUGCGGCCUCACGAGCCACGCGGCGUGUUACCUCGGCGUGCCGCCAGAGUGCACUCUGGGACGUCUGCGCAGCAUGCUGCUGCAUCCGGCCUGCGUCCGCCUCGACUCCAGAAACUUCAGCAAGAUGCACUGCUACCGCAUCACCGAGAGCUGCAGCCAAGAACUGGAUAACUCGGAUGAUGUCGACUCGUCUACGGCUGCAUCUAAAGACGCUCAGCCUGCUGCUGCAGAGCCGACAGGUAAACAGUUUGUGAAGGUGUUUGACGGAGAUGAUGCAGUCAAGCGCGGCUGCUUCCGAUUGGUCUCCAUCCAUCGAGCCACGAGGAAAGAGGAAGUGGUGGAGGCGGCGCUGAGGGCCUUCUACCUCCCCGAUGAACCUCUGGGCUACGAGCUGCAGGACGUCGGCGGCGUGCAGCGUCUCCAUAGCGACGACAUCCUCAACCGCAACGGCGGCCCCGACAACCGGAGCUCUCCGAAGGAUGGAGGCGACGCCUGGCUGCUGAGGGCCAAGCCCCGAGACGCUGAGGACAUCAGGGUGUACGCCGGCUGGCCCAGGUCAGGUGCAGCCUUCGUGUCCGUCUCCGUCUCUAAGAACAGCACAGCGGCUUCGGUCCUCAACGAGGUCCUCGGUCUGCUCCACAGACAGGAGGAAGACGCGUCCGGUUUCAGUCUGCUGGAGGUCUGCAUGAGCAGCAAGCAAGUCCAGAGACAGACGCUGAGCCCACAGGAGAAGAUUCAGGACAAGCUGCAGGAGAUCAGAAAGGUGAGACGGUUCCAUAGCAACAACCUGAGGGAGGGAGUUAAUGGGAUAUCGUGUGCCGUGGCGUUGCAGAUCUCGUGUUUCUCUGAAGCCGAGAGGAUCUACAUGUUGGCCAAAGACACGACGGUCAACGGCAAGCCGCUCACUGCGCUCGUUCUCCCGGAGAUCGUGCACAGCGAGCUGGGACCGGACGUCUGUCCUCUGCUGGUGUUUGUCAACCCGAAGAGCGGCGGUCUGAAAGGCCGAGAGCUCCUCUACAGCUUCCGGAAACUUCUGAACCCUCAUCAGGUCUUCGACAUUACCAACGGAGGGCCGCUGGCUGGCCUCCACACCUUCCGGGACCUUCCCAGGUUUCGGGUGCUGGUCUGCGGCGGCGACGGGACGACGGGCUGGGUGCUGGGGGUCCUGGAGGCCGUCCGGCACAAACUGGCGUGCCGAGAGCCGCCGAUCGGCAUCGUCCCGCUGGGAACAGGUAACGACUUGGCCCGUGUCCUGCGCUGGGGGCCCGGUUACAGCGGCGAGGACCCCCACCACAUCCUGGUCUCUGUGGACGAGGCCGACGAGGUUCUGAUGGACCGCUGGACCAUCCUGCUGGACGCGCAGGACGUCUCCGAAGACGGGAAGGACAACGGCUUCCUGGAGCCGCCCAAGAUUGUGCAGAUGAACAACUACUUCGGUCUGGGAAUCGACGCGGAGCUCAGCCUGGACUUCCACCAGGCGCGAGAGGACGACCCCGAUAAGUUCACCAGCAGGUUCCAUAACAAAGGCGUGUACGUGAAGGUGGGUCUGCAGAAGAUCAGUUACAGCAGGAGUCUCCACAAAGAGCUGCAGCUUCAGGUGGACGCUCAGGACGUCCCGCUACCAAACAUAGAGGGACUGAUCUUCCUCAAUAUACCCAGCUGGGGUUCUGGUGCAGACCUCUGGGGAUCAGAGGUCGACGGUCGCCAUGGGAAACCGAGCAUCGAUGACAGCCUGCUGGAGGUGGUCGGGGUCACCGGGGUCGUUCACAUGGGCCAGGUGCAGAGCGGCCUGCGCUCAGGGAUUCGUAUUGCUCAAGGGAACUACAUCAGGCUGACGGUGAGCAAACCCAUUCCUGUCCAGGUGGACGGAGAGCCGUGGAUCCAACCGCCAGGACACAUCAUCAUCUCUGCUGCCGGGCCAAAGGUCAGGAUGCUGAGGAAGUCCAAGCAGAAGCAGAAAAAGUCUGCCGCUGGCUCUAAGGACGGGCGUUCAGAGAGUCCUUCCUCCAGAGGCGGAGGACACUGACCGACCCGCCAGCGUUCCUGCCUUUAACCUGCUCCCCCCGCUGCACCUCGGCGGCCAUUUUGGUGCCAGCGGCCGGCUGUGGUUUCACGCAUAUGUCUGACGGGCGGCAGAACGACUGGGAGACUGGGAGGUUUUAACGUUUACAGCCUGCACACGGUGGGAGGAAGACCUGCAUCGCCUCACGUUUGGUCCAGUUGGAAUCACAUUUCCAUCCUGCUGACCGAGCACUUAUCACUUACAGAGUUCACACUGUUAAUGUUCAGCAACUAAAACGUACUUUUUUGUACUUAAAACGCAAGAAUAUGAAGUAAUUCAUAGAUUUAAAAUAGGAGUUUAUUUGCUUAGAUUUAAAAAGUAGACAAUUUCUCAGUGUGGAUAAGCUUCGGAGUUGAACAAAACAUAACAAGUUUUCAACAGAAGUUGGUAAAUUUCUGUGCAGAUGUGACUGUAUAUGUACAGUAAGUAGCAGUAGACUCAGUCCAGUGUCAGUUGAUUUAUUGUAAUAACUUUAGUUGUGAAAAUAAUGUGCAGCUAUCGAGUGAUUAUGACCUCAGUGUUGGUCGCGUUGUUAGAAAAUAUAAAGAAAAUGAAUACUGAAGCGCUCCUGACAGGCAGUCUCUUUAACCCUCGUGUUGUCUCCCCGUCAACCAUGAAAAAAGUUUUAGUCGCUUUUUUUAAAACUUUCUUCAACAUUUUUAUUGCUUUUUCUGACAUUUUUGUCACCUUUUCUGAC